AUGAAUAAGAAAAAUAAUUUAAAUUUUCAACUUAAAAAGUGUGAAGAAAAUGAUUUAGUUGACUUGUUAUUACAAUCUGUUGAUUAUAUUUCAGAUAAAGAUUCUUUUUGUGAAUUAGCAAGAGUUAAUGAUAAAUAUUAUAAGAUUGUAGUAGAUGAUGUUAUUGUUAGUAUGUUAUGUGGAUUGAAUUAUAAAGAAUCUCUAAAAGUUUUUACAAAGUCAACUAGAAUGAAAUUAAAGAAACAUAAUUUGUCAGAAGAUUCUAUUUUAAUUUUUAAUAGUUCACUAUGUGAAGUACCUAAAAAACUUGUUAAAGAAUUUUAUAAAAAAUGUGUUGGUUUUAAUAACUACUUAUUUAUUUGUAGGAGUGUUGAUAUAUCAGAAUUAAAUGAAGAUUUUAAGAUACCAGAAGAUUAUAAGUGUUAUUUAACUAAAAAUAGGUUCUUACCUAUUGAAUAUUAUGAACAUUCAUUAAUUAAAUAUUUCUUAUUUAAUUUUAGUGUCUCUAAUAUUAAUUAUUCAGUAUUUAAGUUAACUUCUGAUCAAUUUAAAGAAUUUUUUACUAACUAA